AUGGAAACUAUUGUAGACAACAAUCAUCUUAAAGUGGAAGCCUAUGAAGUGUGGCUAGAAACUGAUGAAUGGCAGCAGAUAAAUCAUUUCAUGACAGACGCGAGAGGAUUUGUAUCGAUGAUGUUUGAGAUGAUUGAAAAGAUUGAACAUGUAACCAUGUCAAAAAUUGCUAUGAUGCUUUGGACAAUUUGGUGGAGAAGAAAUAAAAAAUGUUGGCAAGAUAGAAGUCCAACAAUCUUUGAGGUUAAGAGAAGAGCAAAAGAGAAUUUGCAAGAUUGGUUGAAGGUACAACAACAGAAAAAUAUGAGCUGCAGAAACAUAGCACCAGAGGAUUAUAAGUGGACAAAACCAUCUCGAGGGAUGAUCAAGUGUAACAUCGACUCUGCGUGUUAUAUGGAGCAAAAUAUCUACAGUGUUGGAGCAUGUAUUCGUAAUGAACAAGGCCAAUUCGUACAAGCUUACGCGAAGCGAUCUGCAGGCUGCCCAAAUAUUGCAGAAGCUGAAGCCAUGGGUCUGCUAGAAGUAUUACGUUGGUUGAAGAGUACAAAUAGAACAAGUACACCAAUUGUCAUUGAAACAGAUUGUAUGCAAGUAGCAAAAGCCAUUCUAGCAAAACCAGUAAACAAGACUGAAUUUGGUAGCAUAAUUGAGUUGUGUCUUAGAAUAUUAGCUGAGUUUGAUAACUGUAAGGUCAGUUUCGUUAGGCGACAAGCCAAUCGAGUAGCUCAUGAAUUAGCUCAGGCGACUCGUAUUUUAGCUAGUCCUCAAGUUUAUAAUUUGGUUUUUUCUAAUUAA